AUGGCAAGCCACAAAGACCCUCGUUUCUUGCACAACUUGUCCUAUCACCCACGAUGGCUCCUCACCACCAAGGCCAAAAGACACACCAGGACUGUUUUGGAUUCCAAUAACAAUUGUGGCCAUUGUCCAAGCAGAUCAAUAUUGUCAUCGUUAUCAUCCAUGUCAUUAUCUUCAUUAUCUCCAUCAUCAUCCACAUGUACAUCCUCCUUAACAUCACAAUCCUCACUCAAACCACAUUUGCCAUCACCCCCGUUGAUACGCCCCAAGCACGGGAGGGGCCACUGGAUCCUCGUGGCCCUUCUGAUGGCAAUUUGUCUCCCUUGCGAGUCCUGGGCCACGACCUUCAAGGUGGCCAUCGUUGGGCCGUGGACUUGCGACCCUCUCUACUCCAAAGCCCUCCCGGACCUGGCCGCCCGUCUGGCCACCAGCCGCAUCAACAAGAACCCCUACCUGAACAAAGGCUACUGGUACGACUACACCCUCAUCAACGAGGACUGCAAGUCCUCCCGGGGCCUCGCCCGCUUCGCCGAGCUGGACGGCUACGGCUCGGCGUUCCUGGGUCCGGCCAACCCCGGGUACUGCACCUCGGCGGCACUGCUGGCCAAGCAGUGGGACCUGGGCCUCCUCUCCUGGGGCUGCCUGAAGCCCAACAUGGAGGAGGGCGGGAUGCACUCCACCUUCCUGCGGCCGCUGCCGCUGUCCUCCCGCGUGCUCUUCUCCGUGCUGCGCUACUUCCACUGGGCGCACGUGGCCAUCGUCUCGGAGGAGGGGGACCUGUGGGAGGCCACGGGGCAGGAGCUGGCCUCGUCCCUCAGGGCCUUGGGCCUGCCCGUCGGCACCGUGGUCACCAUGGAGUCGGACAAGGGCGGAGCCCAGCGCGCCCUGGAGACGGUGCGCGACGCGGACCGGGUCAGAGUGGUGGUCAUGUGUAUGCACUCGGUGCUGAUCGGCGGAACGGCCCAACACAGGCUGCUGACCACGGCCCUGGACAUGCGCAUGAUCGCCCGCGGCUACGUCUUCAUCCCCUACGACACGCUGCUGUACUCCCUGCCCUACCAGGACUCGCCCCACUACGUCCUGGGCAACGACACCAAGCUCCGCCAGGCCUACGACGGGGUCCUCACCGUCACCAUGGACUCUGGGAGGAACAGCUUCUACGACGCCUUCAGGGAGGCGCAGAACACCUUUGAGAUCCGCUCCAGCAUCCCCGCCGAGCAGGUCUCCCCGUUCUUCGGCACCGUCUACAACAUGUACUACUACACCGCCAUGGCCGCGGAGCAGGCCCGCAAGACGGGGGGCGGCUGGGUCACCGGGGAGAUGCUCACCCGGGCCGAGGGGGGCUUUGAGUUCGACGGCUUCAAUCAGCCCUUGUACGGGGGCGAGAACGGAGAAGGCAUGCUGGCGCGCUACGUGGUGCUGGACUACAGCGGCGUGGGCUCCACCCUGUACUCCACGCACAUCCUAGAGGCCGCCCACACGUAUGGGAAGACGGGAGGGUUGAAAUACCUGGGCCGGUCCAUCCACUUUGCGGGCAGCACUCCCUACAGCGACUCCAGCUGCUGGUUCAGCCCCUACUUCGCCUGCAGUGGUGGUCUGGAUUCGGCCAGUCUCUUCUUCCUCUGCCUUCUGUUCAUCACAUUGGCCGGUGGCGGGGUUUACCUCUUCUUCUACCUGAAGAGACACGGCCUCCUUGGUGGCUUUGGUGGCUUCGGUGGUGGUGGUGGGAAUAACGGGUCAGGGAAGGUGGUCCUCACCUUGGAUGACCUGAUAUUCAUCAACACUCAGCUCAGCAAACGGAAGCUGAACGAGGAUAGCGUCAUGAAGAGCCAGAUGGAGAUACAGGCGGCGCGCCCGUGUGUAUCCGGUCGCAGCUACAUGGCGUCCUCCCCUGACAGCUCUAACGUCGCCGUCUUUGAGGGGGACUGGGUUUGGCUGAAGAAGUGUCCUGACUCCACCACAACAAGUGUCGAGAGCAAUGCUGAGUCUUCUUUCAUCAAGCUGCGAGACAUGCGUCACGAGAACCUCAACCUGUACAUGGGUCUGUUUUGCGACUCCGGGAUCUUCGGCAUCGUGACCGAGCACUGCACGCGAGGAAGCCUGGAGGACCUCCUCAACAACGAGGAAAUGCGUCUGGACUGGAUGUUCAAGUCGUCCCUGUUGAUGGAUCUGGUCCGGGGAAUGAGGCACCUUCACAACCGCAACAUCAUCCACGGGAGCCUGAAGUCUCGUAACUGUGUGGUGGACGGCCGCUUUGUGCUGAAGGUCACCGACUACAACUUCAAGAACAUCGUCCUAUGCCAGAACCUCCCGCUGCCAGUGGAGAAGCCUGAAGAUCUUCUGUGGACCGCGCCGGAGAUACUGAGGAACCCCAACCAGAAUAAGAGGGGCACCUUCCGGGGGGACGUGUACAGCUUCUCCAUCAUCAUGCAGGAGGUGAUCUCCCGUUGCGCCCCCUUCUGCAUGCUGGACAUGCCGGUCACAGAGAUCAUCAGUAAGGUGAAGUCCCCCCCGCCCCUGUGUCGGCCCGAGGUGUCGCUGGACGAGGCCCCCAUCGAGGUCCUCCAGGUGAUGAAGCAGGCCUGGAGCGAGGAGGCCGACAAGAGGCCCACCUUCGAGGAGAUCCUGAAGCAGUUCAAAAGCAUCACCAAGGGGAAGAAGACCAACAUCAUUGACUCAAUGCUGCGCAUGCUGGAGCAGUACUCCUCCAACCUGGAGGACCUGAUCAGAGAGAGGACCGAGGAGCUGGAGGUGGAGCGACAGAAGACUGAUAACCUCGUGGCCCAGAUGUUGCCCAGAUCUGUGGCUCAGGCCCUGAAGACAGGCAAGCCGGUGAAGCCAGAGCACUUUGCCGAGGUAACCCUCUACUUCAGCGACAUCGUGGGCUUCACCACCAUCUCGGCUCUGAGCGACCCCAUAGAGGUGGUGGACCUGCUCAACGACCUCUACACGCUCUUCGACGCCAUCAUUGGUCGUCACGACGUGUACAAGGUGGAGACCAUCGGUGAUGCCUACAUGGUGGCCUCAGGAGUCCCCAACCGGAACGGGAAUCGGCACGCGGGCGAGAUGUCCAACAUGUGUCUGGACAUCCUGCACUGCAUCGGCACCUUCAAAAUGAGGCACAUGCCCGACGUCAAAGUCAAAAUCCGUAUUGGCCUGCACUCUGGCCCAGUGGUCGCUGGUGUCGUAGGCCUCACCAUGCCUCGCUACUGUCUCUUCGGAGACACCGUGAACACAGCUUCCCGAAUGGAGUCCACAGGGUUGCCUUACCGAAUCCACGUCAACCAAAGCACAGUUGACGUUCUGAGAGAGUUGAAUGACGGCUACAAGAUCGACUCAAGAGGCAUGACAGAGCUGAAGGGUAAAGGAGUAGAGAACACCUACUGGCUGGUAGGCAAGAACGACUUCACCAAGCCCCUGCCGGUGCCACCGGACCUAACGCCAGGGGCGAGUAACCAUGGUAUCAACUUGGAUGAAAUCCCUCCGGACAGAAGACAGAAGUUCUUGGAUCGGCAGAAGAACCAGCAUUAGGUGAACAAUGGCCGGCCACAACAACAAAAGGAACUCCUUU